CAGUGAUAAUUCUUUGACUGAAUUACAUAAGGAUUCAUUUGAAGGCCUGCUAUCCCUCAAGUACUUAGAUUUAUCCUGCAAUAAAAUACAGUUUAUUGAAAGGCGUACAUUUGAAGAACUACCAUAUCUGCAGUAUAUGAAUCUUAGUUGCAAUUUAAUCACCGAACUGAGCUUUGGAACGUUUCAGGCCUGGCAUGGAAUGCAGUUUUUACAUAAGAUAAUUCUCAGUCAUAAUCCUCUAACAACUAUUGAAGAUUCAUAUCUUUUUCAAUUACCAGCAUUAAAAUAUCUAGACAUGGGAGCAACACAAGUGUCGCUUGGACCAGUCCAAAACAUCCUCAUGAUGACUCUUGAAUUGGAAAAACUGAUCUUACCUAGGCAUCUCACCUGCUGCCUCUGCCAAUUUAAGAAUAAAAUAGACUCUGUCUGCAAAGUAGUCAAACUACAUUGUGAAUGUACCAGCAGCACACACUGUGAUGAGGAAUCCAUAAAUAAUAUAGAAGGGGAGUUCAUGGAGACUUUACAGGCCCGAAAAAAGAACACUAGCACCGAACUGACCAUAGAACCGGACAAGGCCUCAUCAGAGAGAGACAGAAUGUCCUUUUUCAUAAAUGAGCAGCUGGACUUCAAUGAUAACGAUAUGAUGAAUAAGCUAAAUUACAUAAUGCCUUUUUUCCAGGAAGGUAACAUAAAAGAUGUUGAAUCAACCUUGUUACCCUUCCUUAAGCUCCUUUUUAAAGAUGUAAAAGACAAAGCAAAUCCUGGGGUUCAUUUGAAGAACAGCACAAUUCCGAUGUCUCUACAGCUUGAAUCCAACAAUUCAACAUACAAUAAGUUGAAAAGUCUCCAUUUUCUGAAAAGCUUGAUAAAUGCAGCAACUCAAGCAAAAGUCCACAAAGCUAGGAAGAGAGAGAAAACUGCCACGCUGGUCCGUUCCAUACUUUUCGGGCCCAAAUUGAACCGUCAGAUCUUUCCGAAGAAAUUGAAAACUGUCUGGCCAAAGAGAAAACACUUAGGGAAGGUGGCAGAGAGGGAGAGGAAACCACUGCAGAUGAGCAGCGUGCUCAAGGACCCCGGGGGCCUCCAGAAAAAAGAGCUUCCCUUGACGGGGAGGCCCAGGAAAUGGGUGGAAAACUCCUUCAAUGAGGAGUCAAACUCCAUCCAGGAGCACAAGGCGGUGUUCUCCAUGCCCCUGGAAGAAUUCUCCAUGGGCAGGCCAUCUGCUGCCACUUCUAAAGUCCCACCCGAGAACCCCAAAGACCUAAGGGAUACUUUCCGCGUUUUAGAAGACGCAGAUGCCAGGGUUCGGAACAUGAAGUUUCCCAGCCCCGUGCUACACAAUAAAAUAAAUUAUAAUUUUCAGAAAUCUUAUUCUCACCUGGGAAGCAGAAGGGCUAAAGCCAGCGCGAAUAGGGACACGAAAGAAUCAGCACCCGAGAGGCCAGUGCGAGUCGCCAAGCGGCCUCCUUUCGCUGCGGUGAAGAGCCUCAUCAAGUCCCCGCCAAGAGAGGAGUCUCUGUCUUGGAGAGGUCAGGACGAACCUUGGCUCCAGUCCUUUCAACCUUCACACUCACAUGCAGGAAAGAAGACUGCAGAAAGCACGCAUGCUGCAAAUGGGGCGAACACCAGAGGCAUCACGCUGCAAGAGAAAACUGUCGGUAGCAAAGGCACCUCCCAUGAGAAGGACGCCCCGAUGGUGGACAACCUCACGCCGACUGUCAAGCAGUCCAGCGAGAUGCAGUGGGAAUAUCACAACGUGGCCACGGACAUCGUCUCUGUUACACAAAAACCAGACCCAGGAGACAAGCUGGAGAUGGAAUACAUCCAGCAGCUGCGGUCCCUUAUCCCCAACAACAACGUGAGGAAGUUCAUUGCUCACUUGAUGCGGACUCUCAAAAUGGACUGCUCUAAGCCCCAGGUGCAGGUGGCGUGUGCCAAGAUCCUCUCUGAAACCGGCCUCCUGAUGAAGCUUCUCAGUGAGCAGGAGGAAGGAAAGGUUCCCAAGCCAGAAUGGGAUACGGACCAGUGGAAGACUGAGAACUACAUUAGUGAGAAUACCGAAGGCCAGAGUGAACAGAAACAGCCAGACGAAAGUGAGCUCACAAAAGAAGUUCCAGGAUAUGGCUAUCAUGAUGGCUAUCAUGAGGCCAAAGCAAUCGUGGUAAUAUUUGUGAUUGUAGUCGUGAUGAUAUUGAUUAUAAUUAUCGGUCUCAUUGAGAUAUAUGGUCAGAGACGAAUAAGAUCCAAAAAUGGAAGAUCCAGGACCUCUGGAAGUUCUCAUAAGAGAAGUUCAGAACGAAAGAGUCAGGAUGGCUUUUUCUGGCGAAGGCGGCCCCUGCGGGUGAAAGACACCAAUCGUUCGCUCAGUGCCACACAUAAAAAAAGCAUGUCACAGAUACGUGACAAGGAUUCCGAGAUCUUCCGCCGUAAUACAGGGGAGCUCAAGGAGGUCGUAGUAGCAAAAACAGAAUUGACUCCUGAGGAGAAAGCAGCCAAGACCAAGGCAGCCAAGAAGACCCAGGGAGCACAGGCACCUCAGCGCCCCCUACUUGGCACCCCGACACCACAGACUCCCCAGUCAAGUCUGUCCAUCAAGGCUCCACAGGCCCCCCAUGCACUCGAGUCCUUCAGAUCCCAGGAGAUCUCGUCAACACAGGAGAUCUCAACUCAGAUUGAGGAACUACAGGACUCCUCAAAGGGAGCCACCGUGUCUGAAUGAACGGCUCCCGCCUCAGACCACCUGGAAAUUUGUCUUUCAUAGUGAAACAUUCCAUGCUCUUAUAAUAAAAUCACGAUGAGCCACA